AUGGUUACCACCCCCAACUCUACUGUUGUGGAUGAUGGCUACAACAAGAGAGAAAACAAGCCAUUGAUGGUCUUGUACAAGAGUGUUAUCAACAAUGGAGGAGUCUGUGCGAAUCUGUUGAUGUUGAUAGUUGAUGUUGAUGUUGUCUUUCAACAACAACCAACCUUGACUUCCUUCCAACCACCCUCAUGA